AUGCCAUAUUUGUCUGAAAAGCUGCCAUUGAUGGAGAAGUACGCUUCUCAAGGUGAUGAACAUUUAUAUUCAAGUAAUUCAUGUUUUGAUGUGUUUCGCUGUUGGAAUAUAAACCAAGUCAAAUCAAUUUUGCAACCUAAAAAAGGAGUACCCGCAAUUAAUGAUGCACGAGAUUUACCAGAUAUACCCUAUACUUCCAAAGUAUGGACAGAAUUGACACCCAAAGUUAAGUUGUACCGUUUGAGGAAACUCAUGGCAAAACAUAAAAUCGGAGUUUACAUAAUCCCCAGUGAAGAUGAACAUCAUUCUGAGAGAACUAUGCAGGCUGAUAAGAGAGUAGAAUUCAUAUCUGGAUUCACUGGAGGUACCGGAAUAUGUGUAGUGACUUUGGAUAAGGAAGAAUCUUUGGAAGGAAAAGCAGUUUUGUCCACGGAUGGCCGAUUUUUUUUACAAGCAGAUGAUGAAUUGGAUCCUGAUUAUUGGAAACUUUUAAAGCAGAAAACUCAAGGGUAUCCAUCCUGGCAAGAAUAUGUCAUACAAGAGAGUGCUAAUAAUUCAUUCAGUAAGGUCAUUUCUUGUGACCCGAAGUUAAUAAGUGCUUCUAUCGGGAAAUCUCUUGAAAAACUGGGAUCUUUCAAACCGUUGAAACAUAAUCUAGUGGAUAUCGUAUGGGCUCCAGAAAGACCCAAAUAUCCACUUAAUGAAGUUUAUGAAUUGGAUAUCAAAUAUAGUGGAGAAUUCAGUGACUCAAAGUUGGAUAAAAUCCGAGAGAUGCUUAUAACUACCAAUAACGAUUAUUUGAUUGUUAGUGCAUUGGAUGAUAUUUCAUGGCUACUUAACUUGAGGUGUGAUGGUGACUUCGAAUUUGCUCCUUUCUUUAAAUGCUAUGCCCUUGUUACGGUUGACAAAUUGAUUUUGUAUAUGGAUGAAAGUAAAAUACUUAGUAAGGAUAUGGAGUUUUUCUUGAUUAAGCCAUAUGACAAUUUCUUCGGUGAUAUGAAGAAACUCGACUUUUCUGCCAGAAUAAUAGUUUCGGAGUAUUCCAGUUAUGCAUUGAUAAAAUCUUUAAAGAGUAACAAUAUCACCUAUAAGUCUGUCAUUUCAUACUUGAAAAUCUACAAGAAUAAGACUGAACUUUUUAACGCUAAAAUAGCUCAACACAAAGAUUCUUUGGCUUUCAUAAUAUUAUUGAGCUGGCUAGAGGAUCAAUUGUUGAAUAAGAAAUCAAUCGUCAAUGAAUAUGAAGCUGUAAAGAAAAUAUACUCUGUGAGGUCCAGAUUUCCCAAUUUCAAAGGGCAUGCCAAUGCUGCUAUAUCAUCAAGUGGAAGAAACACAUCGGUGAUUCAUUAUGCACCUACCAAAGAGAUCAACUGGUUGAUAAAUCCUGAUGAUAUCUAUCUUUUGGAUUCAGGAGCUCAGUAUUUGGAGGGUACUACCGAUAUCACCCGUACGUAUAAAUUCGGGUAUAAGAACAUUACUCUGGAAGACACUAAGUAUUACACUUUAGUUUUGAAGGGGCAUUUGGCGGUGUCUAUGGCUAAGUUUCCAGGCACUUCCCAGACAGGUACUCUAUUGGAUGGGUUUAGUAGACAGCCAUUGUGGGAUUUGGGUUUGGAUUUCAACCAUGGAUCAGGACAUGGUAUAGGAUCUUUUGGCCAAAUACACGAAGGUCCUUUGUUUAUCCUGACCACCUCUGCAGGUCCAAAUAAAGAAGAUUUAUUCAGACCUGGUGGUCUACUCACGAUCGAGCCUGGUUACUACAUUGAUGGCAUCAAAGGAUAUAGGAUCGAAAGUGAGAUAGAAAUUAUUGAAACGGAAUUGAAAAGUAGAACGGGUGACUUCUUACUCGGGUUCAAUUACUUGACCAAAGUUCCAUUUUGUAGGAAACUUAUUGACACUCGAUACUUAACUAUCAAUGAAAUUGAGUGGAUAAACGAAUACUACAAGGCUAUCAGAGAUGAAUGCGGGCCAUCUUUGUUGAACAUGGAUGAAGAGGUUGCUUAUAAUUGGUUAAUGAAGGAGACCGAACCUUUAUGA